AUGUGCACCAGCAGGAAGAUCGCGUGGAGUCUGCUGGUGCUGUCGGUGCUCGAGAGCGGGCUCGGCGUCUCGAGCAUCGCUUUGGGCGCGCUGGGGACCCGGCGCGCGCGCGCGACUCGCGGCCAAGUCCACCCGGGAGACUGUUCCCCGUUUCUAAUUUGUGGACUGUGUGGGAUGUUAUGUGCUAUGAAGAAGUCAGGACUCACUAUGAUAUCAUUUUCAGCCUGCUGCAUCUGCGGGCUGAUCUGUGGGAUCCUGAACAUCCAAUUUCUACGAGUGUUAGAACGGAGGCCAGAAGAGACACACAUCCUACAGCUGGCUGCCAUUGUCCUGGCCUCCCUAGGCAUUGCUGGCUGUGCCCUGGCCACCUGGCUCACCUGCCGACUGGCCAGCGUUGAGGAGCAGAGGAUGUACCUGGAGCGCGAGCACUCACUGAACCACUCUCACGAGAUGACUGAGAAGUUUAGACAGGAGAAAACCGCGGAAAGAACACCCAAGACCGAGUUCCGAAGGAUGAUUACAGUUUUCUGUAUAUAAAUACAAACAUCUUUACUGCAUUUGCUUUUCUUAUGCUACAUAAAACCACAAAUUCAAAACAGUUACUGU